UUUUUUUUAAAAAAAAUUCUUUCCCUUUCUUUCUUUCUUAAUUUUCUUUUUAUACCUUAGUGAUGUCAGUUCAUUCUAGUUCUGUUGAUUGCCCUGUCGUGGGAUUGCAUGUUCUACCUUAUCAAAGAUUCAAUAAUGCAAUUACAUGGUAUCCGAUAAAAGUCCAGAUAGCCAACCAAUGCUUUGAAAUGAAAUUCGAAUACACAGACUUUGUUCAUUUUUCUCGAAAUUUACACCAAGAAUACAAUCUAAAAAAAACCCUAACAAUGAUCAAAAAAGAAUACAAUUUUUUGAGGAAAGGAAAUCAAAAAUACAUUGACAGACAGCUAGAAAUCGAAAAGUUUUGCAACCAAAUCUUGUUAUUGCCUUCAUCCGUCACCUGUUCUAAUUUAGUGCUAGAUUUCUUUUCAAAACAACAACAAAAGCCAAAACCAUCUAUUCGUUACUCUACCUUAAAAAGGGUAUUCUCUUUGAAAUCUUCAUCAUCAUCAACAACAACAACAUGUGAAGUACGAGCAAUAGAGCAGACAACAACAACACCGCCACCACAACUUAGUAUCAUUAGUAGCGCAACCAGCAGUAUUUUAUUCAAUGCAAGCGUAUGUUCAUCAGAAGAAGUAGAUCCAUCAAUGAUCAAAUUCAAAAUUGUGUAUGAUUGCAAUAAUAUCAUUAUCAUUCGUGUAAAAAGGACGAUAUCCUUUGAAAAACUCGUUUCACAAGUCAUUCAAAAAUUCGCUUUACUCUCAAUCUUACUACACGAGCAAUUAUCAUUUGGAUUCUGUGAAAAUACUAGAAAUUCCUCAGCUUCCUCCAUCAUUUACUCUGACGCUCCUGAUCACAUCAUUGCCAAAGAACAUGAUUUACUGCUGAACAUGCAGUCAAAGUGGUCAGCUCUUUAUAAAGUCACUCUCCGUUGUAUUAUUUAAAUUAGACAUC